AAUUCAACAGAAGCAAGCUAAGCAAGCAAAGGUGAAGAGGGAAGAUGGGAGAAGUUGAAGUGAUAUCAAAAUGCUUAGUUGGAGCAGCAGCCAUGGCGGAAGGAGAUGAUAAUGGCGCCCCAAGAAUUCCCCAGAUUGAUUUGACACCGUGGGAUUUGAAAUCCCUUCUGCUUGACUACAUCCAGAAAGGUCUUCUCUUCCCCAAGCCCACACAAUUCUCUCUCACCUCCACCUUGACUGAUCAUCUCAAAGCCGCUCUGUCUUCCACUCUAUCCUUCUUCCCUCCCCUGGCCGGCCGUCUCGCCGUCGCAAACAACGGCGACGGCACCACUUCCGUUGCCAUUUCCUGCAACAAUGGAGGCGCGGAGUUCGUUGUGGCCAGGGCUGCCGGAGUGACCAUGGCUCAGAUUCUCGAGCCCACCAUUGUGCCCCGCCUGGUUCGUUCUUUCUUCCCAUUUAACCGUGUCUGUAACUUUCAGGGAAUCUCCACGCCAUUACUGGGAGUUCAGGUGACGGAGCUUGAUGACGGGUAUUUCAUCGGCCUCGCCAUGAAUCACACUGCGGCAGACGCUUCGUCUUUCUGGCAUUUCUUCAAUUCUUGGUCUGAAAUCUCGCGAGGUAUGCCUCAGUUAUCUUUACCUCCCGUUCUUGAUCCAUGGUUUCCAGGCAAUAUCGCCCGCCCCCUUUGCCUCCCCUUUGAUCUCCAGCAAGAAACGUUGUCCAGCUCCUUCACCCCGCCGCCAUUGGAGGAGAGGGUGUUCCAUUUCAGCAAAGACACCAUUGCAAAGCUCAAGGAAAAAGCCAACUCUGAAAUGGGAACCGACUCGAUCUCCUCCCUGCAAUCAUAUGUGGCUCACUUGUGGAGGGCCAUCACUCGUGCCCGUCGCCUAAACCCCACCGAAGACGUGUCUAUCUACGUGCCAAUAGGCACGAGAUGGAGGACGAAUCCGCCAUUGCCAGAAGGGUAUUGGGGAAACGCGAUUCACAGCAAGCUGGCAAAGGCAAAUGCAGGAGAGCUGCUGAAGAGAGGAUUAGGCUGGGCAGCCUGGCAAAUACAUGAAGUGGUGUCUAUUCAGGAUCAUGAAGAAGUGGUGGAGUUUUACCAGAAUUGGGUGAAAUCUCCUGUGAUUGCCCAGAAGAGCAAAGUGUUCUUUGCCAACUUUCUGGGCAUUGCUAGCUCCCCAAGGAACAAUGUUUAUGCCACUGAUUUUGGGUGGGGGAAGCCUGUAGCAGUGAGAUGUGGAAUGGACAAUAAAGCUGAUGGGAAGUUCAGCCUGUUUCCUGGACUGGAAAAAGGGAGUGUGGACAUUGAGGUUUGCCUUCUUCCUCACACACUACAUACUUUAGGGAAUGAUCAAGAAUUCAUGGAGUUUGUUACCCAUUGAGCAAAAUAAACCAUAUUACCCUGCUCGUGAAUGCCAGCAAAGCAAAACUAUUAAUUUAGUUUCCGAUGAAGCAAAACCAUUAAUUCUCCUCGGAUUGAUCAACCAGUUGAAUUAUACUUCGAAAUUUGUUUAAUACAUAUGUACCAAAGAUGUGUUUGGUUCAUAGAUGUAGAACUAUGUACUUUGGGUGUGUUUGGUUCAUGAGUGUAGAACUCAAAAUGACAAUAUUUAUUGUGAUUGUU